AUGCAGCUGCAAGAUGGUUCUGUCGGUAAAGUGAUUAGCUUCAUAGCCUCACAUGUUGUGGCCACGUCCUUUGCCGGAAUAAUUUCGGAGCAGUCAAGGGUGGUCGCAGACCACAGCAUCAUUCCCCACCUACGAACAACAGACUCUGGCCGUCUCAAAAAGUUUGAGAAGUUCUCUCACUAUGUUGUUAGACAACUGGGAUUGGCAGAGAGCGAGGGUCCAGAAGUGUGCAGAUUGGCAAAUGAGUAUUUGAUGAAAUCGAAGGAAUGUGUGGAAAGUAUCGUUCAAUAUUUUGCCCACCAGAACGAUCCUACUUUACCAGCAAAAUUGAUUUAUGAGUUUGACCGGUGCAUCCUCAGUUAUUUCGCGUUUCACUGGAACCAGGCUUCUUUGCUCAUUAGUCAGGUAUUGAGUGAUGAGUCACCGCAGAAAAUAGAGCUAAAAAAGAUCCUAUUGGCAGCUACAAGGGAACAGAGAUUUGAGAGAGUAAGCAAGAAUCUGAAGGUGGCAAGAGUGUUCACUACUUUGGUGGAGGAGAUGAAAGCAAUAAAUGGUGACUCGCAAAAAACGAACGACACAGUCCCCACUGUCCACAGUGAGAGGAGUCCAGUGCUUCUGCUUAUGGGAGGUGGAAUGGGAGCUGGAAAAAGCACUGUUCUUAAAGACAUUCUUAAAGAAUCAUUUUGGUCAGGAGCAGCUUCAAAUGCUGUGGUGGUUGAGGCAGAUGCUUUUAAGGAGCGUGACGUCAUAUUUAGAGCCCUUAGCUCCAGAGGUCAUCAUGAUGACAUGCUCCAAACUGCUGAACUGGUACAUCAAUCGUCCAUUGAUGCUGCAUCAUCUCUGCUUGUGACAGCUUUAAAUGAGGGUCGAGAUGUAAUCAUGGAUGGCACCUUAUCAUGGGAACCAUUCGUGGAGCAGACUAUUGCCAUGGUAAGAAAUGUUCACAAAUAUAGGUACCGAAUGGGGGAAGGGUAUAAAGUAUCUGUAGAUGGUACAAUAAUCACUGAAAAUUACUGGGAGCAAGUAAAUGAUGCAGAAGAAGAACAUCAGUCUUUGGAAAAUUGUAAUGGAGAACCACGCACGCGAAAGCCUUACAGAAUUGAGCUAGUUGGUGUGGUUUGUGAUGGUUAUCUUGCUGUCGUAAGAGGCAUUAGGAGAGCUAUAAUGACAGGGAGGGCAGUGAGGGUGAAUUCACAAUUGAAAUCUCACAAAAGAUUUGCUAAUGCAUUUCCUAGAUACUGCAAACUUGUCGAUGAUGCCAGGCUCUAUUGCACAAAUGCUGUUGGUGGUCCACCAGAGCUCAUAUGGAAGAAGGAUGAUGAUCACAAUCUGCCAGAUCGCAAAGAAAUAAAUUGCUUGGAAAUGAUAGGCAUAGUAAACGUUGAAGCUGAUUCCAUCAACGAACUUUACAAGGAACCGAGUCCUAUAAUGCGACCAGGUUCUGUUUGGAAAGAUGUUGUUCUUUCACCUUCUAGGUCUAAUGAUCAGAAGGAAUUAAGGGAAUCCAUUCAGAAAAUAGAAAAAUCCAUCAGAAAACGGAUGCAUCUGCAUGUUGUUGAAGACUCUACCUCUUCAGCAGCUAGAUUUUUUGUAUAUCCCUUUUUUUUGCACCUGGAACUUAAUGGGCUGUUUGAGAAUAUGAGCUUCAAGCUUAAACUAGCUGCCAUCUCAACAAAAAUCCAAAACGAUAUUAAUGAUAUACAUCUACCAUCUAUAGUUCGGAAGUCUUAA